GCCAGCUAACUUCACACCGCUCAGAAAUCAUAACAAAGGUUUGGGAUUUCCCAAGUUCAUUUUUAUCCUAGGAUUAAGUGAAUAAUAUGUAACAGUAAUGAAUCAUGAAUUCUAUACUGUUUCUAUUCAUUACUUUAUCGGUUUGUUCAUGCUCCAGGCUGAAGCCAAUAUUUAAAAGUUUGAAAUACAAUGAAAACUUUACUGGAGAAGUUAACAGAAGUAACGAGUAUAUUCUGCAGUUUUCAGGAGAAUACCUGAAUUAUCCGUUGAGAGUUACUAUCGAGAAUGUCACUGCUGAUACUAAAAACCCACUUAUGGUUGUGGCAAGGCAACCAGAUCAGUUAUUAUCCUGGCAAAUACCCCUUCAGGUAGAAAGUGACUCUGGUAUUAAAUUGUACAAUAAGACCAGUAGAACUUUAUGCAAAGACCUCUUCUUGAAUGUUACGGACGGUUUAACGAGAAUUGAAGAGAAUCCUAUAGUAACAAUUGCAAGUUCUUCAGUAAAAAAUGUUACGUUCAGCAUAAGGGUAGAUUAUCAAGAGGAUUUUUUUGUUGAACUAUCCAGAGAAUAUAAGUUUAUCAUAACCCCGAGUGAGCCCAGAUAUUUUUAUUACAAUUUCUCCACUAACAAUACACAAGAUGAAGAGAAUUCCAACUACCAUACAGUUAUUUUAGAAGUGGAGUCUGUAGAUGAAGUUUGCAUGACCGUGAGCAUACAGAAUGCAAGUUGCCCGGUUUUGGAUCUUAAUCAAGAUAUAACAUUCAGAGGGUUCUACGAAACCGUGAAUACAAAGGGAGGAAUAACGAUUCCUAAAUUCAAAUUUCCGUUGGGAUUCUACGUUGUAUUUGUAGCUAAAGCCGAUGAUACUGAUUGCACCGGCAAGGUGGGUGUCUCGGAGCCCGAUCGUGUCAAAGACAUAGUCUUCAGGAUCAAACCUAGCAUUUCUUACAAAGAUUACGUGAACGCUGUCAUUUUAACGUUUGGCAGCGUCUUCUUAUUUUAUGUAUUAUUCGGAAUCGGAUUCACCUAUUUCUCCUUUAAAGAUUUCAUCCCGAGAAGUAUGCAGUAUGCCAUCGAGUGUAAUCCCGAUUCGGUUUCCACAACUCCUUCAGGAAGAAGGCCGUUAGUUGAGGAUAAUGUAUCGUUUAAUGAAACUGAAUAUGAUGCUAUAUCAGAGGCUUCUUUGGAUAAACAGAACAGACUGUACAAGUCGGAAUUGUACCUGUGCGAUUUAGCUACCAAAGAUCCAAGAGUAUUGAAGAGAAAAUCGUAUUUGUACCUGUAUAAUGUGCUAACGGUAGCCAUUUUUUAUGGCUUGCCUGUGGUGCAAUUGGUGAUCAACUACCAAAGGGUCCUGAACGAUACAGGAGAACAGGAUUUAUGCUACUAUAACUUCCUCUGCGCCCAUCCUUUAGGGGUAGUCAGCGACUUUAACCACGUCUUCUCGAACAUUGGUUACGUCUUUUUGGGAAUUUUAUUCAUUUGGAUAACCUACAGAAGAGCCAUUUUACAUGCAGACCUCGACUUCGACAGACAAUUUGGAAUCCCCCAGCAUUACGGCAUGUUUUACUCCAUGGGGGUAGCUUUGAUCAUGGAAGGGGUCCUAUCUGGGAGCUAUCACAUCUGUCCGAACCAUUCGAACUUCCAAUUUGAUUCCAGCUUCAUGUACGUGAUGGCGGUCCUUUGUAUGGUGAAACUGUAUCAGAACAGGCAUCCUGACAUCAACGCUACGGCUUACUCCACUUUCGGAGUGUUAGCUUUGGCUAUUUUGCUCGGUAUGAUUGGAAUAUUGGAAGGCAACGUUUACUUCUGGAUCUUCUUCACCGUUCUCUAUAUAUUAGCAUGUCUCUUUUUGAGCCUUCAAAUCUACUACAUGGGUUGCUGGAAAUGUGAUACCGGUGCUCCACGCAGAGUUUACGCAGCUAUAGUGAGGGAUUUCCAAAGAGGCCCCUUACAUGUGAUCAAACCGGUACAUAAAGCACGAAUGGUUCUUCUUAUUAUAGGAAAUAUCUGUAAUUGGUCGUUGGCAGCUUGGGGACUUUACGACCAUCAAAAAGAUUUCGCCCUGUUUCUUUUGGCAGUGUUUAUGGCCAACACUCUGCUGUAUUUCUUCUUUUACAUCCUCAUGAAGCUUAUUCACAGGGAAAGGUUAAAAUCGUUGACGUGGUUCUUCCUUUUCUGUUCGAUUUCGUGUGCUGUAUCCGCUAUGUAUUUCUUCCUACAUAAGAGUAUUUCUUGGGCUACUACUCCAGCAGAAUCUCGUCAGUUUAACCAGGAGUGUAAGCUCUUGAGGUUUUACGACUUUCACGACAUAUGGCACUUUUUGAGUGCUGUCGGUAUGUUCUUCACAUUCAUGGUACUUUUGACUCUGGAUGAUGAUCUGUCUCACAAGGAUAGGUCGACGAUUCCCGUCUUUUAAAAGCGUAUUUACCGUAAUGUGAUAUUUUUAAGCGAUGAUAUUAUCAGGAAAGUUUAGUUUUAGGCGUCCAAUUUGUGAUUUUUAUUGUACAUACUAUAUAUUACUUAUAAUUUAGGUCAAGUCCCCGGUACUAAAAGAAUUUUGAAUUGAUUUUUACCAGAGAUGACCGCUCUCUGCUAGCAUCAAAAUAUUGAAUUAUAUUAUCGUGUUUUGAACAAAUACAGAAGUGUAUGGUGCGAAAUGAAUAAAGAAGUUUUCAUCCAUUAUUUAAA